GAUAACUACAUAUGUGCCAAAACUGACUCGCCGUCUAGUCAAGCCGUGUCCAACGGAUAUAAGCUCAGGUCAAGGUCACCCCAGCUGCGCUCACGGGUAGACAGGAGUGCGUCUAGUUCACCCAAAUUCAGAACCGGCAUCAACGGCAGCUUGUAA